AUGGAUGAAAAGACUGACGUGGAUGUCCAUAGAAUCCACGACCGGAAGGUUCUUACUUUAAUGCGAGAGCAUAAGUUGUGCGCGAACCUCAAGAAAAAUAUAUCUGCAGCGAACGAAAUACCACUUCUUGGCUGCAUCGUGGGUAAAAACGGCGUACGCUCUAAUCCGGAAAAGAUCAAGGCGAUUAGCGACUGGCCUGUGCCAGUCGACGUCAAGGGACUUCGAAAGUUCCUUGGCUUGGCGGCGUACUUGCACAAAUACUCGCGCAACUAUGCCGAGAUGACCGUACAUCUCUCUCGUCUGCUAAAGAAAAACGAGAGGUGGUCAUGGAGUGCUGAGUGUCAGCACUCCUUUGAAGGUAUCAAGAAAAGCUUGAUACAAUCGCCUGUGUUGGCGAUUGCAGACCAGGACAGACCAUUCCAUGUGGUCUGUGACGCCAGCGAUUUUGCAAUCGGCUGCGCGUUAAUGCAGUACGACUCAGACGGCGUUGAGCGCGUCGUCUGUUAUCAAUCGCGUCAGCUGCAAGCAGCUGAGCGUAAUUACCCAGUGCAUGACAAGGAACUCCUUGCCAUGAAAUAUGCACUGGCUAAGUUUCGGGUAUAUCUCUUAGGAGAUAGGCCCUUCAUCGUUUAUACCGACCAUGCGUCGUUACGCACGGCCGUCAACAGUCCACAACUCUCGCAACGAAUGGCGAGGUGGCUGUCUUUCUUCGCGGAGCACAACUUCUCCGUCGAGUAUAAACCAGGACGACUUAAUGUCGUCGCUGAUGCUCUUUCGCGUCGGCCUGAUUUAGAGCCGACUGCUCAACCCGACAGUAGGGGUGAUCCCACUGUAGCAAAACUAACAGUGAGUGUUCCGUCGUCGAAUCUGUUCGAUGACGUGCGAAAAGCAUACACAGAAGAUGAGUCUCUUCUACGGUUGAUGGAUUACGUAUUCAAUCCGUGUAAUCAAGCUUUGAAAAGCUUGUCGUCUCAAUACCGCUCUUCAACCGAACGGUAUUCUGCUCGCGACGGACUGCUGUACUAUACAGCAGUCAACGGCGACACACCUCGUGUCGUCGUUCCCGCUCAUAAUGAUUUGCGAUUGCGCAUCAUGUAUGAGUGUCACGAUGCCCCAACAAGUGGGCAUCGCGGUAGAGAAAAGACUUACCUCAUGGUGAGUCGUGACUUCUACUGGCCCCGCCAGUAUGAGUUUGUGCGCAAAUACAUUCGCGCUUGCGAAGUUUGUCAACGGGUGAAGCCUAGUCCUUCAUCCCGCGCACCCUUGCAGCCUCUACCGAUUCCGGCAGAGUGUUGGCAGUCCGUAUCGAUGGACUUCGUCUUUGGGUUUCCCAAAGACGUUCACAAGAAUACUGGUAUUCUUGUGUUUGUUGAUCGGUUCAGCAAGAUGGUACAUCUUGUUGCUGUACCGGAGUCAAUCACAGCCCAGGGCUGUGCUCGUGUCUUCAUCGAUACUAUCUUCCGACUUCACGGGUUACCCCGUGAACUCGUGUCUGAUAGGGACCCCCGCUUCACAGCGGAGUUCUGGCAAUCCGUGUUCCGUUCACUUGGAACACGUUUGACGAUGUCAACUUCUGACCAUCCAGAAACAGAUGGUCAGACGGAACGCGUCAACCGCGUCCUCGAAGAGAUACUUCGAGGGUAUGUCCACUCGUUUACGAGUUGGAGUGAGUUCUUGCCGAUGGCGGAAUUCGCCAUCAACAACUCGGUGCAUGCGUCAACAAUGCAUACACCGUUCUUCGUGAAUGGCCUACGCCAUCCACGUUUACCCGCCUUCUUAGAGUGUGACUCUAGUUAA